AUGACUCUAUUUCGUCAUCAUAUCAAUAAACCCGUUCGCUCUCUGUAUUCUAGUACUAGCAAACCGGUAUUAUCUUCCAAGACCAUUUCCCCACUCUGGCCAAUAGAAGAAGAACGCAACCCACACUACAAUCCUAGGAAAUACUAUCCCGCCCGAAUCGGAGAGUCCAUAGGGAAAUACCAUAUCAUCUCUAAACUAGGAUGGGGUGCUAAUUCCACCGCUUGCUGGCCCUGGCAAUCGACCAGAUACGUAACCUUGAAGAUCACGAACUCUGGUGCUGAGGAGAAGAAGGCCGCGGAAGAUGAACUACAAAUAUCGCAACAUAUUGCCGGUCUGCGGUCUGAGCACGAAGGUCGUGCGUAUGUCAGACUGGUUCAAGAUUGGUUUCAAAUACAAGGUAUCCUUGGAGACCAUCUCUGCUUGGUCUUUGAGCCAUUAAGGGAGCCGAUUUGGCUUCUAGGACGACAUCUUGGAAGCAAAGGGGUGCCUCCACAGGUUCUUAAAGCUUUCUUGAGGGUUAUAUUGUGUGGCCUGGAUUUUCUACAUUCUGAAUGUCAUGUCAUGCACACAGAUCUGAAAGCCGAUAACUUCCUCAUCGGAUUCGAGGAUACUACCGUCCUUGAUCAGUAUGUCCGCCAGCAAGAACUCCAUCCCGCACCGCAUGUUCUUCGGAAUGGUCGUCCUGUUUUCGAAUCCCGGAACGACUUUGGGCCACUCAAGAGAGGAGUAGGCUUGCUGAGGAUUUCCGACUUCAGUGCUGCCGUUUUCGGGGAUGUAUCGACUCCGCACAACCAUGACAUACAGCCUCAACCAUUCUGUGCCCCUGAGGUUCUGCUAAAGGCUGGUUGGUCGUAUAGUGCUGAUAUUUGGAAUUUGGGGACAGUAUUACCACGAUGCAGCUUUGGGAGCUAUCUGCCGAUGAUACGCUUUUUGAUGGAGUAUGCCACGAACGCCGAGGGAUAUUCCCGGGAGGUGCAUAUCGCCCAGAUUAUACGGCUUUUGGGGCCUCCUCCCUCACAGUUUAUGAACAAAUGUGAUCCGCAUAUACGCAAUGACUUGUUUUCGCCUCAAGGGAGAGGAUCAACGUCUGUUCAUUGA